AUGUCGUCUAUCGCUUUCGACGCAGCUAUCCGCCAUGAGAGGUCUCUCACUUGGAAAAUCCACAACAACGAGCCCAUCAGCGUCUCCGACGUGCAAAACGCAUCUGAGGCAGAGAGAUGCGGACUUACCUGCUACUGGCUCAUUCAAUUGCGAAGAGUGCUUGGCCCGGGGCCGUACGAUCCAUUGCAGUUUCCAACCCUCGUGAAAAACGAGCCAUUGGAUGCGCCUAUGGCAGCACCCGGAAAUCCAGUCACCGACGCUUACUGGUCUUCCUGCGGGAGACCACAACUCAAGCCGGAAGAUGUGAGAAGUCUUGACGAGGAGGCCUCGAAAUACGGCCUAAGCGAGGCAUGGCGCUGCUAUCUGCUAUGGCGAGUUGCGUGGCAGAUGUACCUUCCGAAUGUCCCCUUCGCGAUCACCCUCGAAACCGCGUAUGACACCUGCAGAUAUGCCAUCUGGACGAUGGUCGAGAACGCAUGGACGUACCAACUCGGCAUCAUCGAUGAAUACUCUGGCCUGCGAAGAGGUCUUUACUAUGACCCGCAAUCGUCAGAUCUUGAAGUAAUAUCCGACAAGAUUCGCGACGCGAGCAACGCGAUCAUGCAAAGAGACUUAGCGGAAUCCGUGGAGAUUUACAGCGCUGCUGGCGAACUGCUUCCUUUUGGCAUAUAUUCUGACUACAACGAGUCGUCACGUACAAUGGCCGUGAUUGACAGACAAGUCAGAGCUCCAAAGACUCUCCCAGAGUUUUGGCUGGCAGAGGAACUGCGGAAUAUUGAGCAACGUCACCGGGCUGAUAACGAGGCAUCCACGGCAGUUUCUGAGCCUGACCUAACUGACGAGUCAUCAACAUUGGACAUGGAGGAUUCGAUGAUGGAGACCGAGGUGGCGGCGAGAGAGCUUGGGACACCCGGAGAGAAUAGCGAAUGA